CGGUUCCGAUGUUCUUCGGAAAAUGGCAAGAAUGCAAUUCCGCCGAUCUCGGAGGUUAAACCAUAUAAAGAGUCCUUAUCAGGAGGUAUAAAUCGCAAAGUUUGUAAACCGGUGCCAGGCACCGAGCUGCGUUUUCAAGGUGCAUUUUGCAGUUCAAUGUGAACGGUUAAUUCUAGUCAGAAGGUGCUAACUGCCUGUUCCUCGUGACUGAUAUUUCUCGGAAAAUACUUCGCAAUUAAUCUCAAUUAAUCCGAAUUAAUCUCAAUUCCACAUCGACCUGUGAUAUUUGACCGACUGAUGUGUAAUAGAUAAUACCUAGAAAUUUUUGAUACCAUAAUGUCAGGACUGACGAAAUUGUCGGUGGCAUUUAUGGUGGUGGGCAUUAAAUGUUUACUCGAGAGUAAGUAUACAAAAAAAUACCAUUCAAAUAGAAAAUUAUCUCCCAUUCUAUCCAUUUGCAAAAAAAGAUAUAAACGAUUAUUACAACAUCCACGAAUAGUUCAUUAUUGAGAUUAUUACAUUUAAAGGAAUUUAAUUUUAUAAGAAGGUUGACUCGAUUCGUGAAAUGUUUAAAUUUUUACUGCUUGGUUUAUCAGCUGGAGUGGAUGCAGGUUUUAAUCAACAAUUAGCACCGUUUAAAGGUACGUUAGGUUUAUAUUACCUUAACUUCACUUACUUCAUUUUGCAUACUUACUACAUUAUUAUGAAAUAUAUUGUCAAGCACUAUCAAACAUUUACUUCUUACAGAAAGCUACAGCUGGAAUAAAAAUGUAUUUACAAGUGACAUAUGUAAGUUUGCAAAAUCAUUUAUCCAUCGAAUUAAAUGAUUAUUGGUAUACCGUGAUAUUUAUAUAAUGCAGGUAAAAACGAACGUCAACCGGUGGUUGAAUAUUACAAUUUAAAAAGAAGUCAAUUCCUAUUUUUUUCUCAACGCGUCACUUGGGAAGAGGCUCGACUUUUAUGUCACACGUACAAUGGGAAAUUGGCAAUUCUUGACACCAUGGAAAAAGCCAUGGCCGUUGCCGGUGCAUUAGCAGACUCGAACAUUAUGAUGGAAGACACAUGGAUAGGCGGCCGAAGACUCGACUUCACCUGGAGUUGGAUCGACAACGAGGCCGUGUCCUGGAGGAAAAACGAAAUCCCCAUGGAAUCGGACACAGAAAAUUUUCCACCAUGGAGUAGAGAGCCUUCUCGACCAACCAAAGAAUGCCUAUCCAUAGACAGACGUUCCCAUUCUCAUCCAAAUUUCAUCGACCUAGACUGCCGUCUCCAGCGUCCCUUCAUUUGCGAGAAGAAACCGGAAGCCUCCCUAAAAAAUCCAGUUCCUUCAAAAUGGGUGCAGAUCCACAAAAGCAUCUACACGCUUUAUCACGGCAGAUUGACAUGGCCGGAAGCAGCUGCAUUUUGUCGAUCUCAAGGAGCUCGAUUAGCAAUAGUCAAUAAUCGAAGCACCAUUGACAUCCUCACCAGCAGCAUGACCAAAACACGACCAGAUUUCGAAGCUGUGUGGAUCGGCGCCCAUUUUUCAUACGGACAAUGGAUGUGGAUAUCAACAGGAAUGAUACUCAGUCCUGUUAUGGGAGAAAAUGGGUAUCCACCAUGGCAAUUUGGUCGGUCAGAAAAGAAGAAAGGAUGUCUCCUCUUAGACAGACACAUAGAGGCCAGCGUCCAUUUUGUGGAAAUUGCUUGCGACAGGAAGCGGGACUUUGUCUGCGAGGAGUACUCGGAGGACGAAGAGGACGACUGGAGGAACGAGCCCGCCAAAUUCUCCCACGAUAACACGACCUACAUUAUUUAUCCAGCGGAUAAGACCUGGGAAGAUGGUCGGAAUUUCUGUGAAGAAAGGGGAAGUAUUUUGGCAUCCUUGGAUAACAUGAAUGCAACGAAUCUAAUCGUGGAAGCUAUGGGUGAUCAUCCAAGAGAAAUUUCACACGUCUGGCUGGGAGGACAUUACAACAGGAAAUAUAAACGAUGGCAAUGGCUUAACAAUGAGGAAAAAAUAUCCACCGAAAAAGAUACAGAAGGGUUUCCACCCUGGGCAAAUAUAGACGCAAUGGAGGAUUAUUUUCCCGGCACAUCGAUUUGUUUAAACAUGGACCGAAGCGAUCAUGUCAAGCCUCAUAUAUACGGUCUUGACUGCGAAAGCAAACAACCGUUCGUCUGCAAAAUAAAGUCUUUGGCACAAGAUAACGCUCAAACAAUUGCUAGUUCGGUGAUAACCGAAGUUGUAACGGAAUCGAGUCAGAACAACCGUAAUGAAUUUUCCAAUACAUUACUGGCGGAAAAUACAACGAUUGUUGAGAUGAGCGAAAAUCAAGCGGUUAAUAAAUCUCAACAAACAUUGCAAGAUGAAACGCAGAGAACAGAUGUAGAGAAAAAAUCAAAGGAAAAUGUUUCUUCGCAAACGGAGGCUGUCACCGAAACAUUACAGGAUAAAUCACCUACAGAACAAAUAACAUCAGCAAUUACGGAACAAAUAACAUCAGCAAUUACAGAACAAAUAUCUGAAAUGUCAACUAAAUUGCCACCUGUGACUGAAGAAAUACAACAUGAGUAUCCAAAGGAUUCAAAAGUAACACCCACUGAUGCACCGAUAACUGAAAAUUCAACAUCUCAUACAAAGACACCGGAAACAACCCUGGAAGCACUCAGCGAUAAAAGUUGAUUAAAAACCAUAUUCCAUGCACAAUUCCGUGCCAAAAUGACUAUCGAAAACCCCCG